CAACCAAUCAACGCACUCCUCAUCGGGCAACAUGACGUCAUUGGGCCUUAUCCAGGAAGUAGAAAAACGUCAACAAUCCUUGCAGCUUGCAGGCUAGGGCGAAGUGUCAGUGUAGCCUAGCAGCGAGGGAGCUAAGCUAGAUUUUGUCGUCUGUUUCGCAGAUUUGUUUUUAUUUCUUUUUUUUAUACUUAUUGUAAUUGUAGCACCCCGAAAUGUCGCUGUUCGCUAAGAUAUUUGGAGGAGGAGGAGGAAAAGGAGGAAAGGGACCGAGCCCACAGGAGGCUAUCCAGAAACUCCGAGAGACGGAGGAGAUGCUAACGAAGAAACAGGAAUUCCUAGAGAAAAAGAUCGAACAGGAGCUGCAAAUUGCCAAAAAAAAUGGCACGAAAAACAAAAGAGCGGCCCUGCAGGCUUUGAAAAGAAAGAAGCGGUAUGAGAAGCAGCUCACCCAGAUCGACGGCACGCUGUCGACCAUCGAGUUCCAGAGAGAGGCUCUGGAGAACGCCAACACCAACACUGAAGUGCUCAAGAACAUGGGUUUCGCAGCCAAGGCCAUGAAGUCUGCCCACGAAAACAUGGACAUUGACAAGGUGGACGACCUAAUGCAGGACAUUACAGAGCAACAGGAGCUGGCCCAGGAAAUCUCCGACGCCAUCUCUAAACCUGUCGGCUUUGGAGAGGAGUUUGAUGAGGAUGAGCUGCUGGCGGAGCUGGAUGAGCUGGAACAGGAGGAGUUGGACAAAAACCUGCUGGAGAUCGGGGGGCCAGAGAACGUCCCUCUUCCCAACGUGCCUUCUACUUCAUUACCUUCCAGACCUGCCAGGAAAGAAGAGGACGAGGACGACAUGGAGGACCUGCAGCGCUGGGCGAUGGAAGCCAUGUAGACGCAGCGUCUGCCACCUCAUACCUGCAUCAGAGAGGGAAGAGGAAGGAGCAAAGGGGAAUGAAUGGACUGAUAGGAUGUUGUGUAUGAGUAUAUUUUUGUGUGUUCGAGGAGAGCUGACUUUAUGUAACUCUAGCAAGCGACAAUGCUGUAGUUAUUGUUUUUAUUCUGUCCCCAUCACAAAUACAGAGACCCUUGGGUGUUCAGCAGAUGAGACAGGGGCUUUUAUAUUGAAGCUCCAUCACUCUACUUGAACUAAGUAACACUAAUAUUUUUACCCUGAAUUUUAACCCAAUGCUAGCACUUAAUUGUCGUUGUACUGGGCAGGGCUAUUUUAGCACCCAGAGAGUUCCUACUGAGGGGUCAUCGUAUGAGCUCUGUGGUGCAAUAAAGGAGUUGUGCUCAGAUAGGUGUUGCAAGCUGUAUGGCAUUGUUAAUAUUAUUGGAUGACAGGGGAAUUUUCAUAGAUCCUCAAUGAUCGGCUUCUGACUCACAUAUUUAUCUGUGUUUUGUGGCGUUAAACUGGCUAGAUGUCUUUUUUCCCCCUCAUGACAAAAAUAACAGUCCUUUGCUCCCUUGUUUUUUGUUUAUUCAGUUGAAAAUAGGAGAACAGCUGAGCAUGAGCUGGUCGAAUGAGCUAUGAGCUGUUUGUUUGCCAGAAUUCGAACCACCUCUUUUGUUUACGGCUGCGUGCUUUGUCCUUUUUAAACCCUCCUGUCGCCAUUGAUAGCGACGUCUCCCUCCCUCAAAGGCAUUCUCACCAGUGGUUUGUGUUAUUUGGUGUAAAUAUCCCAAAUGUGUCUCUUUUUAUAUACUGUAUUUCUGCCAUCACUGCGAGGUUGUGUUGAGGGUGUGUGAAGCAUGCAACAAUGGAUAAAUCCCAAUACAGAUCACAAGGCACGGCUAGAAAGAGAGAUGUUAAACAUUUUCAUUUCCUACUCUGUCUGUCUUAUUUAUACUCAUACCAUUUUUUUGUUUUCAAAUUGUAUAAUGUUGAUAAAAGAAAUUAACUAUUGUCACAUCUUAUUAACUGCAUCUUUAAGGAGAUAUCGAAAAGAUUCGAUUUUAAUCUCUCUAAUCUACACUAUUUUGGAGUUUUUUUACAUAGAAAAAAACGAGGAUGGAUGGACAAGCAUGUUUGCAUUUGUUUUAUUUAUCCAGAUGAUGAUAUUAUUUGCAAAAUCAUUAAAGGUUUUCAAUUAUUU